UCACAGUAGAGGCACAACAUACAAAUAUGAUCCUGAAAAUGAGCAUAUGUCCUCUUUAAAUUGAGUCAAAAAAAUAAUAAUUCAGUGUUUCAAAUAUCGCAGUGAGCAAUAUUAACUUUUUCCUCCAGCCCACCACACCAUGCCAUGAAGAACAGCGAACACUCUGUGUGGGGAGAUUCUUAUUGGUACUAUAACGCCAGUCAUGUGGAUCCACUCAACAGAAGGUUGGAGAAAAAAACACGUCAUCUGUCCUGAAUGGACAUCUCUGAGGGCAUGUGAGACUUUAGCCCUGCAAAGAUUUGUCUUGAGCAAGCUUUUACCAUCCCAACCAUGAAGCCGCGUGGUCCGAUUUAACCUUCCGCAUCGGAAAUGGUGAGGACACUGAAGUAUAAACUUGGUGGAUUUAAUGUGCAAACACAAACUGAAGACCCAACACCAUGAGCUCCUUUACAAUAUCUGCAGCCGUUUUAAUGAUCAGCAGGCCAUGGUUCAUUAUGUUUCUACUCUGCUCCGGUCCACUGAAAGCCCAGCUGGGGACUACCCCCAACAUUAAACACAUUGUGGUGGGACGGUGUUUCAAUUACAUCACACUAGUUAACCCCAGUCUAAGGUUGGACUGUGAGGAGAUCUGGAGACAGUUUGAGGAGGCGGUUGUCCGUCAGUCCUCUUGUAAUGUCACUGUGGAGGACUAUAAUCACAUGUUCUAUGCAAUGGCACAAACCUGGCCCUGCGAUAGGUUCCUCUUCUGGAGUAAAACCAGGACACUGAUGCACAUCUACGCAGCUGUUGUCCCUCACUACUGGACCCUGGAGGACACGCUGGUUGGCUACAUGUUCAAUGACCUCAUCUGGUGUGGACAAGAGGAAGAGUCCGGUUUUGAUUUCAGUUCUUGUCCGGAGUGGUCGGCCUGUAGGAAUCAUCCAGUGUAUUCCUUGUGGAGGCAAGCCUCACAAAAUUUUGCAGAAAUGGCAUGUGGAAACAUCACCGUGUUACUGAAUGGGUCUAUUGUCAACGCGUUCAGUAGGAAAAGCAUGUUUGGGAGUGUUGAACUGGAGAGUCUGAACGCAUGCCGGGUGGAUUACGUUAACAUAAAAGUGGUGACCAAUCUAGAUGGACUUUUUAUAGAGUCAUGUAGUGAAGGAUCCAUUGUAGACCUGAUCCAGAUCCUCCAGUCCAGAGGGUUCCGCUGGACUUGCACAGACAACGAGGAGACCCUGAUGAUCCUUCAGUGUAUCAAGAACCCCAAACAAGCCUCCUGCCAAACAUGUGCGAACAGCCUCUCGCAGAUAAAGAGCCUCACAUUAAACUGACCCCCCCCAGAGAGUCCGCAUGUAUUAUGAUAUUGUUUUUUUGAAAGAUGGAUACACUCAAACUGGAUGCUCAAAAGAUUUCCUGUAUUAAAGCUGACUGUUCUCUUACUUCCAUUCACUUUUCAUUGAUCCCAUUUGAUUAGGAGAUUAUAUCAGCAAACCUGAAAAACAGCACUCAAGCUAAAUAUCAGCCAACAUGAUAAUGCCCUCAAUGUGGGAUAUUGUUACCUUCAAUCAGAGGAACAGUAGAAGAUGUACUCAAUGUUUUAACUUAAGUAAAAGCAGCAAUUACUCAACUACGAGUAAAAAUCUAAAGUAUUAGCAUAAAAAUAUACUUAAAGCACCAAAAGUACAAUUCAUAGUUAUGCAGAAUGGUCCUUUUAGGCACCACAUAUUUGUAUGUGUUGUAUUAUAAUUAUUGAUGCAAUAAUAUUAGUAUUAAAGGUGGGGUAUGUAAUUUAUUUCAGAAACACUUUUUGUUAUAUUCCAUAGAAUGCUCUUAAUAUCCCGAUAGCAAUGAAUAUAUGAAAUGCUUUGACAAUAAAUACAUUAGAAGAUGUCAUCUGUGGAAGCCGUAGUACUGUAAAAAGCACGACCAAUCAUUUUAGCCGGCCUGGCUAAAAUAACUGGAUGGCCUACCUGCCUGUCAGCCUUCCAUCUGUGCACAAACUUAUCUCGUGUCCUCAUUGGUCAUGUGCGCGUUCGUGUGUGUUGGAGGAGGGGCUCUGUGAGGAAGUCUGAAGGAAGGGGCAGAUUUUUUCCGGCUGUGUAUUUUCAAAUUAUAGCGCACUCGAGCUGGUUUCUCCAAAAUUACCUACCCCACCUUUAAGUUAACUUGGUAAAGGAGGGGGUAAUUUGAAUUACUUUAUAUGAUUCUGUAUAGCUAAACCUAUAAUAAUAUAUGAUCAUUAAAUAUGGUAUGUAUAUGUUGUAUUGAUAAACUAAAUCAGGACAGUAACGUAUAAAUAAUAAUAAUAAAUUAGUUAAAUCCUGUUUGGUUCUGUCAAAACAUGCAUUUCCAUGGCUGAUUUUAACUUGUAUUUUAACAAUGUCCUCACUAUCAGUGUGUGAAGCAGAACUCACAUCCUUUACUAGAGUAAGAGUAGCAAAACAAAUAGUAUGUUUGAUUCAAUACAAGUAUCAUAUUCAACGUUUUGCAUUAAAAAAAAAUACAAAUGCAUUAGCAUCAUAAUAUACUCAUCAUACCAAAGUAAAUGUAGUCAUUAUGCAGCAUUUUGCAUUUAGAAUAAUGUAUAUUAUAUCACUGGAUUAUAAUUAUAAUGUGUAAUCAAUUGCUGUUGCUAAAAUAUAUUUGUUUGUACUUGUAGAUGUACUUCUGGGUAGCUUGUGAUCUCCCCUCUUGUGUUCAAUAAAGUAUUUUUUUUACUUCAUACAUAA